AUGGCAGACCGAACCCAAGCAAAGACACAGGGUGUCGUCAACGAUGUCAAGUCGGCCCUCAAAGGAGUCAAAGGCACAGGUGAUGCUAUCAGGGGGACUGUUAAUGAAUCCAUCGACACCGCGUUCAAUGAAAGGGAAGGAGAAACAGCCAACCGUGCAGUCAAGGAAAAGGGUAUAGCAGACAUGAAGGCCGCGGACCAACAUUUCGGCACGUCUGGGACUGCGGGUGCGAACACCGCUGCGUCUCAACCUUUAGGCGAUGGGAGAGGUGCAACCACAGGAGGACUUUCAGGAACAAGGGGUGCCGGUGGAGGCACUACAACUGGGGCCGGUGCCCAUUCUGGGAGCGUUGGAAAUAUGGGCAGCAGUGUUCCCCAAACUGGGCUUGGUGGCGAGCCUGCUCAACCAAGAGAGCAAUAUUGA